AGGAGCCUAGAAAAUACUCUCAGCUCAACCUCUGCGUUUUCUACCCAUCCCGCCAACCUGGCAGUCCCUUCCUCCCGUUUUGCGUUUGAUCUCAAGCUUCAACGAUGCGUUUCUUACUCCCUAGCUUCCUCGGCCUUGCUUCGCUAGCAUCACUCGCUUCGGCAGCUGACAUCGAGUCCCGUACGACGUGUCACACUUCCUGGGGCAGUGUGAAGACUACAGACUGGUGUACUUCUAGGACGACGACGCGCUGUUCUUCUGUUUCCACCUCUACUGUUACUAAGACGGCCACUCGAUCUCAGCCGGUCAAGACGGUGACCGUUAGGAAGACCAGGACAACGACUGCGCCAGCGACGGUUGCUACUGAGACGGUGACUGUAGUCACGACAUCCCCCACAACUACUACUGCCACGACUACCUCUGUAAGCAGUGUUAUGGCAACUGUAACGGCACCCGUUACAGUGACAAGCUACUCGAAUGUCGGCGCUGCACCGCCGACGAAGAGAGAUGUGCAUCGUCGUAAAGCCACGCCUCAGCCAGAAGUCCAUUGCACAAUCUGGCAAUGGCAUUGCACUCCCUUUGUGACUACUACGACAACAACCUCGACCCAUACCCUGGCUACCUCAACUAAAACCGUGACUUCUACCAUUACGAAAUCCCCGACAUCUACUUCCGUUUCUACCGUACGUAUAUAGAGUGGGCAAAGUCCUCAUCUUUUGAACAAUCGGUGAGCUAAUCGCCAUAACGUGUCAUAGACUACGACCACCUCUACACUGACCUCGAUCGCUACUAGCACUACGAUU